AUGUACCCUGGCGUCCAACCAGCGCAACGGCGGCUUGAGGAAUCCCGUCCUUCGCCCAGCGUGUUGUACAUUCUGGCCGUGGUCAUGAUCCCGCGCGCUCAUGCUCCCGGGGCUUCCAGCUGCAACAUGUCAGUACACGGCAUUUCUGAGGACAGGUCGGACAUUGCUGGGCUGGGUGCUAGACAACAUGUGCCACAAGUUCCAAAUCCCCCUCGGAUCCAGGUUUGCACAUUACCGCAUGCUGGAGGGACCUUUACGUUUCCUAUCCCCGGCCGACAAAGCACGGCAGCUGCCUUCAACAUUGAGUUCAUUCUCAUGUUCGCAUUGAAGCUCGCACAGCUUCUAAGCCAACCUUGA